AUGCUGACCAAAGUGGUGACCAAUGUACUGACCAAGGUGGUGACCAAUGCCAUGACCAACGUGGUGACCAAGAUGCUGACCAAAGUGGUGACCAAUGUACUGACCAAGGUGGUGACCAAUGCCAUGACCAACGUGGUGACCAAGAUGCUGACCAAUGUGUUGACCAACGUGUUGACCAAUCUGCUGACCAAGGUGCUGACCAAGGUGCUGACCAACGUGUUGACCAAGGUGCUGCCCAAAGUGUUGACCAAUCACCUGACCAAAGUGCUGACCAAUGUGCUGACAUGGUCACGGCAGCGAUGA